AUGGCCGAAAGAAUGGAAGCACUCGGAAAAAUCGUGCAAGAUCUUAAACCUGAUCUUCUGACUUUUCAAGAAGUUACGCGGGUCAACUUAGGAUUACUGCAAAAAAAGCCGUGGUUUUCUCAAUACCGCUUGACACCUACCGAUGCUGCGAGACACCCUGGCUAUUUUGUAGUCAUUUUAAGCAAAUUUCCGAUCGAAAAAUGGCAGACCUACGCGUUUGAGGAUUCUCCAUUUCAGCGUGAACUUUUGACAGCAGAAAUCAAGAGCACUUUGCUACCGAAGACACCGAAGUUUGUAAUUGCAACAACUCAUUUAGAGCAUUCUGGUAGAUUUUCUAAAUUGCGAGAAAAGCAUUUAAAGGAGACAAUGAAAAUGCUCUCUUCGUUUGAAAAUGUUUGUGUAAUGGGUGAUAUGAAUCUGGAGCGUCAAUUUGAUGGUGAUGUUGUACUUCCUGCGCAGUGGAUUGACACAUGGCUUGCCGUCCCUGGACAUACAGACAGUAAUGGUUACACUUGGGAUGAGAGAAGAAAUCCGUUCAUUGUGAAAGAGAGGGAAUCCACUUUGAAGGAUCGCCUGGAUCGUGUCUUUUGCAAACUGUCAGACUUUAAAGUGAAAGAAGUGAGAGUUGUGGAUGAUAAAAUGACAAAAUCUGGUGUCCUACCCAGUGAUCAUUUUGGUAUUUUUACUGUUCUUGAAACAUCAAAGGAAACCAAACACAACAGAAAGAGUUUCCAAGCUGAAAAGGAGGUUUAUUUCAAGAGAUCGUCAGGCCGAGAAGAGUUAACUAAGUUGUAG